AUGCAUAACUACCAGAGGGUAAACCACGUACUGCUGGAGCAAGAUUUGACAGUUGAAGAGUAUUACUCUGACAAGUCUGGGUUACGAAUAAUCUUGAAUAAAAUUAAGAGCCCCAAAAUAUAUGGAUAUUUCACCCUACUGACAGAAGCAGAAAAUGACGAAGGGUUACCUCAUACAUUAGAACAUCUGAUAUUUUUAGGGAGCCAUAAAUAUCCACACAAAGGACUACUAGAUUCAUUAGCUUAUAAAUGUUUAUCUGAAGGAACUAAUGCAUGGACAUCUAUAGAUCAUACUUGUUAUACUAUAGAAACAUUUGGAAUUGAAGGAUUUAGUAAUAUUUUACCCAUCUAUUUGGAUUUCAUCUUGAAUCCAACAUUAGGUGAUGAUAUGUUUUUGUCAGAAGUUCAUCAUAUAUUUGAAAAUGGAGUUCAUAAUGGAGUGGUUUAUUCUGAGAUGAAAUCAAUAGAAAAUAAUUGCGAAAAUAUAAUUGAAAGAACUGUUAUUACUAAUUUGUAUCCAAAUGAAAAAAGUGGCUAUCGAUUCGAGACGGGUGGAACGUUGGAUGGGUUGAGAAAUACAAACAAUCAUCGAGUCAGGGAGUAUUUUAAAAAAUUUUACACCUUAGACAAUUUUGCCAUUAUCAUUUUUGGAAAUUUCAAGAACGACCAUAUAUUGGAUAUAAUUCACGAAUUUGAGAAGUAUCACUUGGGCUUGAACCCUUCCCAGGUAUUGAGGCCACCAGAGUGCAAGGGGGAGAAAGCGGAAGUCUCCACAGGAGGAGCAGAAGUGGCAAUCUCGACAAACGUGGAAGCGGAGGUGAAUGCAACUGGGCACACCUGCGAGGAACUGUUCAUACAACAAAUACAAAAUCCGAAGAGACCAUGGAACAAAGAAUGCAACGUGGAAAAAAGAACAGAUUCCAGAAUUGUAAAAAAAUAUUACCCAUGCAACAACCUGAACAAUGGGCAAGUAUGCAUCGCAUGGAGAGGAUGUGAAUGGUCAGACUUUCAAACCAAGUUGGCCAUAUCCAUAUUAGGGAACUACUUAACCGAUUUGACAACCUCCCCAGUAAGUAAGCGUCUCUUGGAAGAUAAAGAAAAUACGUAUUGUAGUAGCAUAGACUUUUCACUUGAGGACUUGAAGGAAAAUUACUUCACCAUCGACAUUUAUGACGUGACAUAUAAAUUUAGAGCUAGCAAUCGUGCAUCGAAACUGGGCGAGCAGCAAGGGGAGAAGCAAGUGGAGGAGCAGCAAGUGGAGCCUCAAGUGAAAGGGCCCGACCGAGUGUAUGACGUCAAAAUGAAUGAAGUGGGAGAUGUAACGAGAAAGUGCUUGAAGGAAGUUCUAGAUGAAGCACUAAAUAUGGAAAGGCUGAGGAACAUCAUUGUGCGAUCUUACCUACAACACUUGAGAGAUUUGGAGAUGACACCACAAUAUCUUCUAAACGAAUUUAUUAUUAAGUACUUUAUAUAUGGGAGAAGUAAAGAUGAUUUAAAUAAUUGUCUAAACUUGAAAAAGACAUAUAUGGAUUUGUUAAAAAAGGAUGAGGAAUACUGGAAGGAAGUUUUGAGAAAAUAUUUUGUCGAAAAUAAUUAUGUUGAAGUGCGAUGUUAUCCGAGUUAUAAAAAAGCAAAACAAAUUGAAAUCUUCGAAAGAAAUUUAAUUGAAAGUGAACAAAAGAAAUAUGGAAAAGAAAAAUUGAAAGAAAUGGUUAAACAUAUUAAGAAGAUUAAAGAAGGUUUUGAUAAGAAACCUCCCAAAAGUUCACUUAAUGUGGUAGAUUCCGCGAAGCCACAAAAUGUGUUUAUUGAAGGACUUACAGUUUUUCGCAAUUUUUCUCUCUUACAGCAUGUAGAUGAACACAAACCAAAUGAUGGAUCGAGGGAAGUACACAAAAUGAAGGAAGUAAGCGUGACAAAAUUGGAAAAGCGUGAUGAAACAUCUAGUCCUUUCGUUAAAGAGACAGAUAAUGAUGUGUCCGUUGAAAAUGCCCACCUCUUGAAGGUAUUAGAAAAAGACCUGAAAAGAAUAAUUUUUCCAAUUCAGCUAAGCAACAUUCCAUCUAAUUUUGUGUCGAUAAAUGUACUAAUCAACUCAAACAAAGUUGAUGAGGAGUUGAAAAAGUAUAUACCACUUCUAAGCUACAUGCUUUUCGAAACAGAUGUAGAAGUAAACAAAAGAAAUGUUAAAUGUGAAUUGUUUACUGAAGAAUUAAUUAGACAUACAAUUAACUACUGUUGUGAUUAUGGAUUAGGAGGAAAUGCAAAGAAUUUUAGAGCAGGAAGUUUAGGAAAUAUAUUAUGUAUACAAAUAGUUGGUCUAUAUGAACAUUAUGAAAAAUUAUUUGAUUUAUUAUUCUUAUCUAUAUUUAAAAUGAAUUUGACCAUAGAGAGAAUGGAAAUUAUUUUAAAGUCCGCUUACCAAAAUUUGUUACAAAAGAAAACAAAGCCAAAAACGUUAGUGGUCAAUUUAGAAUAUGCACUUCGAUAUCUCAAAGGUAGCAAUUCUGGAAUUGCUUCGAUUGGGCAACAAGAAAUGAUUCUUCAGCUUAUAGAAGAUAAAAAUAAUUUAACUCAACUUUACAACAAAUUGAAUACGCUAAAAAAUGAGCUCUUCCACUUGAAGAACUUUGUAAUUGUUAUUGAUGGAAAUUUUAGCAAAAUUGAGAACGUGUUCUCUUGGUAUGACCGUUGGUUCAGCACCUCCCACGUGGAAGGGGCCCUCGAUGCACACACAUCCAGCUACACAGUAAACGCACCACAUACGGAGUUUGUUUUCGACAAAAGUGAUUCUGCUCUGAGGGAGGGGCGGGACGAGGACAAGCAGGACAAGCAGGAGCAGAACCCAGGGCAGACGCAGAGUCCGGGACAGACGCCUGAACAGCAGAACCAGCGAGGUAGCCAUGAAAAAAGUAAAAGUGGCGCAUCUGCCUGCCCAUUUGAGGAGAGAAGAGAAAAAGUCACGGACAAGUACAUAUGUCUAGGACCCAAUGUUCACAAAAGCUUGAAGGAACACUUAGAUGCAGAAUUUGAAAAGGAAGAUAAGAAUUUCAAAUAUAAUUUAGUGAAAGAUAAAGCAUAUAAUGGUGUUCUUUGUGGUUUGAAAAGCACAGAUGUUUCUUAUUUAAAGAUGACUAUUAAAGUUCCAUCAGGUUAUGAAGACAAAGACUAUUGUGCUUUAUUGCUUAUACGUGAAUUUUUCUGUAUGACAGAAGGGCCACUAUAUAAUAGUAUACGUGGUGGAGGAUUUGCUUAUGAAUGUGCUUUAGAUUUGAAUGCCAUCCAUGGGGAACUAAGUUUACGUAUAUACAGAUCUAGUGAUAUAAUUAGCGCGUUAAAAGAAGCAUUAAAAAUAUUCGAUUAUUAUUGUAAAAAUGAAAUGAAACCAGAAGAACUUUCUAUUGCUAAAAGUAGUGCAUACUACACAAUAUUUAAUAAUCAAGAAACUGUCUCAGAUAGAGCUUCGCAGACGAUUUUUUUAAGUAUAAAAAAUUUAAAUUUAAAUUUUUAUAAUAAUUUAUUAACCCAAAUUGAAAAUAUGACAACAAGAGAUUUAAAAACCGUUUGUUACAAAUACCUUUCCAGAAUUGUAAAUUUCAAAAUUGAUAAAACUAAUACUCUUAUUGGUUCUACUUUGUGUAUUAUCUGCUGUUCAGAUAGAAUGGAAGAAAUUCUAACCAAUCUCAGAAGGGAUGUUAAAAUUGGUCCGAUUUGUCACUUAAGUGUUUCACAAUUAUUCUAUUUUUUGAAAACCUUUGAUAUUGCUGCUGCACUUGGUGAAGGCACUCCCGAAUUCGGUCUAGACCCGUGCGCACACGUCCCAUCUGUGAACUCUGCCCAGGUGGAUGAAGAAGAGGCUGAUGAAGAAGCUGAUGAAGAAAACGAGGAAGAAAACGAGGAAGACGAUUGCUCCGCCUCGUCCAGUAAUUCUGCAUGUUCUGUAUUUUCUGAUGACGACAGCUAUCCAGGUUACUCUGACAGUUAA